ACGAACGUUUCCGUGACAAGCAUUUGGCUGAGUGGCAAUUCCAUCGGCGAUGAGGGGUUGAAGGCACUAGCUGAAGCUUUGAAGACGAACGCUUCCGUGACAAGCAUCGACCUGCAUUUCAAUUCCAUCGGCGAUGAGGGGGUGAAGGCACUGGCUGAAGCUUUGAUGACGAACACUUCCGUGACAAGCAUCCCAUUGUGGAACAAUUCCAUCGACGAUGAGGGAGUGAAGGCCUUUUGUGUCCCGGGAAUCCAAGUGGCUGCUCAUGGUGCCUCUGCUUAUUCUUGA